UUCCACACACAGGAAGAGAGUUUUUUUCUUUCCCGGCAACUUCCGGGUUUCCCUCGAGCGGGAGUCCGUCGUCCGCAAAAGCAGGAUGGGCACCUUUCUGAUAUGAAGGCCGAAGAUUCAGAGGGAGAAGAAGAGACAUAUGUGACUGAUAUGAAGGCAGAAGAUACAGAGGGAGAAGAAGAGACGUAUGUGAUGGAUAUGAAGGGAGAAGAUGAGACGUAUGUGACGGAUAUGAAGGAAGAAGAUAUAGAGGGAGAAGAAGAGACGUAUGUGACGGAUAUGAAGGCAGAAGAUAUAGAGGGAGAAGAAGAGAUGUAUGUGACUGAUAUGAAGGUAGAAGAUAUAAAGGGAGAAGAGACGUAUGUGAAUGAUAUGAAGGCAGAAGAUAUAGGAGGAGAAGAAGAGACGUAUGUGACUGAUAUGAAGGCAGAAGAUAUAGAGGGAGAAGAGACGUAUGUGACUGAUAUGAAGGCAAAAUAUAUAGAGGGAGAAGAAGAGACGUAUGUGACUGAUAUGAAGGCAAAAGAUAUAGAGGGAGAAGAAGAGACGUAUGUGACUAAUAUGAAGGCAGAAGAUACAGAGGGAGAAGAAGAGACGUAUGUGACUGAUAUGAAGGCAGAAGAUAUAGAGGGAGAAGAAGAGACGUAUGUGACUGAUAUGAAGGCAGAAGAUACAGAGGGAGAAGAGACGUAUGUGAUUGACAUGAAGGCAGAAGGUAUAGAGGGAGAAGAAGAGACGUGUGUGACUGAUAUGAAGGCAGAAGAUAUAGAGGGAGAAGAGUCGUAUGUGACUGAUAUGAAGGUAGAAGAUAUAGAGGGAGAAGAGACGUAUGUGAUUGAUAUGAAGGCAGAGGAUAUAGAGGGAGAAGAAGAGACGUAUGUGACUGAUAUGAAGGCAGAAGAUAUAGAGGGAGAAGAAGAGACGUAUGUGAGGAGAGAUCAGAAGUGAAAGGAAGAGGAAAUCCCUACAGAUAUCAGCACAGCAGAUGGAGGCACAAGCAGGAAUUCCUUGGAGGGAGAUCUCAUCUUGUCUGCAGAUAGUAAAAUAGAAGAUAACAC